AUGAUGCCCUUUAAAUUCAUCGUGGCUGGUGCCAUGAUGUUCUUCUCUCUGGCUCUUGCAUUACCUGAGCCAAUACCAGUGGCUGUUUUUGAGGCCGUGCCUGCUGUUCUUCCUGAGGCGGCACCUGUGGCAGUGCGCGAAGCGAAAGAGCUCGUGAGUCCUCUCCAAGCUUGCACCCCUGCUGGAGCGUCGUGCAAAUCUCCAGCGGCCACCAUGACGACUCCAUCAAUAGCCUGCAUAGGCAUAAUAGGCAAACACGAUAACCCUCUCCACAUCGCCCUCUUCCCCCCUCACAUCAGCGCGCCGUCCGCGCACCUCGAAUUCUCCUUCCUCCUCAACGCCUCCCUCGAUAUCUUCGAUGCUUGUGCUCGAGACCGGAAUCGCAUCGAUCAGGACCUCGGUAUGCUGCAAGCAAUUGACGAGCGAUUGAGUAUCUGGGGCUGGGAAACAGGGACGGGAACGAGAUUUGCGGUUGUGGUUGAUGCGUGGGGAAGAGGGGGGAAUAGGGGGUUGAGGGGAGUGUCGGAUGGGGAUUUGAGGGGCGCUUUUAAGGCGCUGCAAACAGCGUAUGUACGGCUGUUGCAGAACCCGUUUUACGUGCCGGAUGAACAUACGCCUAUGGCUGUUGCUAGUGGGAGAGGGAAAGGAGGGGAGAUCACGAGUAAGAGGUUUAUUGAGGAGGUAGAGAGGAUUGGCGAGAUUUGGAAGCCGGGCAUGAGUGUAGUGUGA